AUGGCUAGCCCUCAGAUCAUCGCCGAUGAUGGCAAGACCAAGGUCGCUGCAGACAUCUCUCAACUCGAGAAAGUCAUGUCGCCAUCCGAACCUAGAAAGGACAGUAUGAACUACGAUCGCGUCGACAAAGAGCUUGCGAAGUAUGCCAACGCUGCACGUAUCGACAUUAGCGAAGCCGAAAACAAGCGCCUCAAACGCAUGAUUGACAAAAGAGUACUCACAAUUAUGGUGUUUACGUACUUUUUGCAAGCACUCGACAAGGGGACUAUGUCGUUCGCCUCCAUAAUGCACAUCAGGGAGGACCUCAAUCUCUAUGGGCAGCGGUACUCCUGGCUCACCACCUGCAUCUACAUUGCCGUUUUAAUCGUGGAAUACCCGACAAAUUGGAUCAUCCAGCGCGUCCCGAUCGCCAAAUACCUCGGCAUCAACAUCAUCCUCUGGGGCUCCGUCCUCGCCCUGCAUGCUGCUGCCAAGAACUUCGCAGGCCUACUUGUCCUCCGCACGCUUCUUGGUAUCUUCGAAGCUGUGUGCCAGCCCAGCUUCCUCGUGAUGAGCAGCAUGUGGUACAAGCGCGAGGAGCAGGCUCAAACCGUCACGUACUGGUACAUGAUGAAUGGCGGCCAGCAGAUUGUGGGCGGCCUCCUUGCCUACUGCUUUACCCUGAUCAAAUCUGGUCCCAUCAAGUCAUGGCAGGCUAUCUUCAUGACUUAUGGCAUCUUCUCGGUUUUCUGGGGCUUCUUCGUACUCUGGUGGUUGCCCGACAGCCCCAUGCGAGCACACUGCUUCAGCGAAGAGGACAAACACCUUAUGGUUGAACGCGUACGGUCCAACCAGACCGGUCUCCAGAACAAGAAAUUCCGGCCGGAACAAGUCCGCGAGGCGUUGACUGAUCCGCAGACAUGGUGCUACUGUUGGAUCGCCAUCUGCACUACACUGCCGACCUCGGGAUUGGGCGCUUUCGCCAAUAUCAUCAUCACCGGGUUCAAGUUCAGCAUCCUCGAGACGCAGUUGCUGGCAAUGGUGCUGGGCGCCUUUAUCAUUAUCAUACUUCUCACCUCAGCGUGGCUUGUCAAGAAGACCGGGCAGAACUUGUUCAUCAUGGGGCUCUAUGUCAUCCCUUCCUUCGUCGGCACAAUCGUACUCUUGAGCGUAGAAAACAAGAACAAGGCUACUCAGGCGGGCCUCCUGAUCAGCUACUACAUCGUGCUCUCAUUCUGGGCCGCGCAAACACUGGCCAUGAGCAUGAUCUCGCGUAACACCGCCGGCCAGACGAAGAAGACCGUCGUGGUGGCAAUGAACUUCAUCGCCUGGGCCACUGGAAACGCCAUUGGCCCUCAGGUAUUCCUGUCAUACGACUCUCCCCGCUACUUUAUCGCAUUUGCUACCCACAUGGGAUGUUAUGUGGUUUUGGUACUCGUGAUCAUCUUCCUGAGAUGGCAUUUGGUGCGCCAGAACGCGAAGAAGGAUGCGCUGGCGGCGGCGGGAGUGCAGGAGGCGAAGGAUGACAAGAUGAUUCAUGCGUUUGAUGAUUUGACGGACAGGGAGAAUCCGAACUUUAGGUAUAUCUUCUAG